UAGACAGACGCAGAAUCAGACCACUGAAACGCUCGAGCGCUGGGUUUGUGUUCCAAAAAGUGUGUAGCUACAUGACAUUGGUUAGGAGGAGAAGGCACCAAGAAGCGUUGAAGCUCUCGUUGCCUCGGUUGGCGCAAUUCCGACACCAGACACGCCUUCCGGCACCGACCUUAUUGAACAAUCCCGAUUCUCCCGGCAUCGAGAACCUCGAGAAGCUGUCCGUGUUGGGGCACGGGACUGGAGGCACCGUCUACAAAGUCCGUCAUUGCCGAACGCAUAAGAUCUACGCACUGAAGACCUUGCGGUGGGAUCAGAGCAUGACUGCUUUUCUGCACGAAGCCGAGAUUCUAAAGCGAGUCAGCUCCGAGUUCAUCUUGCGGUGCCAUUCUGUUUGUGAUACCGGCUCAAACCCGGAUAGCGACCAAUGCUUUGUGAUGGAAUACAUGGAAGGCGGGUCGUUGCAUGAUCUGCUCCGAGCUCGUGCGAGGUUGCCCGAGUACAUGAUAUCUGACUUGGCGAGCCGUGUUUUACAAGGGCUACACUACUUGCACUCAAUGCAGAUCAUUCACCGGGACAUCAAGCCAUCCAAUUUACUGAUAAAUGGUAAUGGCGAUGUCAAGAUAGCCGAUUUUGGAGUCAGUCGGGGCUGGCCUGGGGUGAAGGACCCCUAUCAGGAUUCCUGUGCGGGGACGUGUGCUUAUAUGAGCCCCGAAAGGUUCGACCCGGAGAGGUGGGGCGGAGACAAUGCGAACGGGUUUGCAGGGGACGUCUGGGCCCUGGGGGUUGUGGUCUUGGAAUGCUAUAUGGGCCGCUUUCCACUGAUCGGUCUGGGGCAGAAGCCCGACUGGGCUACCCUGAUGUGCGCGAUCUGCUUCGGGGAGACGCCCAAAGUACCGGAGACUGCCUCCAGGGAGCUCAGGGACUUCGCGGGGCGGUGUUUGGAGAAGGACUGGAGGCGGAGAGCCACCGUGGUUGAGCUUCUCAGCCACCCGUUUGUAAGCAGAGGUAGCGAUGGCGGUGGCGGCAAUACAAAUGUUGAGAUGAGCUCAACAGUUCUGCCAACUUAAUUUGCUUGGCUGAGUAGCAAAAAUUGUCUUCCUCUUCAUUAGCUCAAUGCAGUUUGGAUCCUUUUGAUUCAAAAAUUCAGUGCUGAACUUCACAGAUCCUUCAUAGAUUCUCGAACGAGAAGCACAACUAGCGAAGAAGUGAAGCUAAAAUACACAUUGUAAGCACGACUGCGAAUAUAACAGUGGCAAUAUCAGCAGAGAAACAUGAU